AUGAGUUUCUUUGAAAGGAUCUCAAACUGGGUUAGACCUUCCAACUUGUCUUUACUCCAAGGCGGUGUCAACAUUUUGGAGGGUGUUACGUUCUUGGUUACGCCAAGUAAUAUCAUUGAAGGUUUGAAAAUUCCUAUUCCGGGCAGGGAAAAACCUCAAUUGGAAACCCUUUACAAAAUUAUCGGUGUCUACUUGAUCUCUUUGGGCCAUUAUCAUAUCACCGCUGGCAACGCCAGCAAUGAAAAAUUUAUUUCCAGUUCAGUGAUGAACCGCAUGGUAAUCUUUGGUGGUAUCGGUUUACUACGAUAUCUAAACAACGCGCCAUGCGAAGUGUUUUACAUGGCAUUCGCUGAUUCUGUCAUCGCGUUGCUGACUUAUAUGUCGUUGGAAAGUUUCAAGAUUAAAGGAAAUCGCCGUGAUUAA